CCUCCGCAUGCGCGAGAUCAGAUUCGACAUGAACAGCCUCGCCCGUAUUGCAGCAGAAUGAGUCGGAGCCACUCACUGCACCUCCAUACAGAAGUACCCCGACGGCAUGUUCAACAAGGCCUUUCUCAUGUCGAUGGACAAUGGCCGCGAAGUCGUAGCCAAGGUUCCUAAUCCGAAUGCUGGUAUUCCGCAUCUAACGACAGCUAGCGAGGUUGCUACCAUGGACUUCGCCAGAAACGUUCUUGAAACACCAGAACCUCGCGCCUAUACAUGGAACACGCAUGCACACUCACACCCAGUCGGGGCUGAGUUCAUCAUCAUGGAGAAAGCCGCCGGCGUUCCUCUUUCUCAUGUCUGGGCAACACUAAAAUUACCCCAGAAGCUCCAAGUGCUUCUUGCCAUGAUACGUCUACAGAAGAAAUGGCUGAGCGUGUCAUUCUCGCAUUACGGUAGCUUAUACUACGCGAAAGACAUCCAACCAGAAGACACCCACUACAUCAAGGACGGCAAAGCCGUCAAGGAUUCACAAUUCGCCAUCGGCCCUACCACAGGUCGUGAUUGGUGCGAUGCGAGCCGCUCUCUCUUGGAUAUAGAUAGAGGACCAUGGUCCGAUAUACUGCAAUAUCAGCAAGCAGUCAGGACACGAGAAACAAAAGCAAUCCAAUCCCUACACCCACCCAAACAACUAGCCCUAUUCCGCGGCCCAAAGCUCUACCAACCAAGCCCCCAAACCAAACUCACAGCCUUAUCCCACUACCACCAAAUCCUCUCAUCCCUCAUCCCAAAAGACAAAGCCCUCACCACCCCCCACCUCUGGCACAACGACCUCCACAACGAUAACAUCUUCAUCGACCCGCAGAACCCCGCAUCCAUCACCUCCAUAAUCGAUUGGCAAUCAACCCACAUCUCCCCCGUCUUCACCCACAAUCCCGAUCCGGCCUUCCUCGACUGGGAGGAUGGCCUCGAGCCCGAGACGCUCGACCUACUACCUCGACCAAAUCUCUCCGGUCUCACUCCCCAGGAAAGAGCCGCAGCAGUGCGCGAAUACACCACCCAGAACAUAUUCAUCGGAUGGCGCAAGCUCACGCGCGCCAAGAACCCCGCUCUAUAUCGAGCUAUCGAGUUCAGAAAGACGCCCGCGUACGGGCUGUUAUUCCUCGCUCAUCGGAUGUUCGAGUAUGGCGAGGCGCAAUUCAUGUCGCUGCUUGUUGAUCUGAGGGAGCAUUGGGGGGGUUUACCAGGUACCGGUGACGCCCCAUUCCCGAUUGAGUUCACAGAUGCGGAGAUUGAGCGUAUUAAAGUGGCUUGUGAUGGGGCGGUGGCGGGGACGGAGCUUGUAGAUGGGGUGAAGGAGCAAUUGGGCGAUUUGUGGCCCGAUAAGGGGGUUAUUGAGAAUGAGAGGUAUGAGGAGUGUAGGGCUGCGCUGGGGGAGGUUAGGGAUCGGAUUGUGGAGGAGUUGGCGGAGGGUGAGGAGGAGAGGGAGGAGUAUCGGCGGUGGUGGCCUUUUGAUUGAACUACUAUUCCAGAGGGAUAUGAUGUUUGUUGGUAGGAUGGAG